AUGAACAACACUAAACUCGCUUCAGUUACACCAGACCGUGAUGAUUUACGGAUCACUGUGAAAGUUUUAAAGAUCUGGGAUACCCUUGAUGUGGACUCCUUUGAAGGAUUGAGUUUCCUCUUUGUUGAUGAUGAUGGCACGAAGAUGCAUGCUUAUGUGGACAGAGAAGAUCAGAAACGGAGAUUCAGGGGACUACUUCAUGAAGAAGAUUGGAGGAGCUGA